GAAAUACAUGAAGGCGAAGAAUGAAGACGCAUAGAUAAAUUCGCGCUUCCCGCGCACUCGGACUAGCAGAAUUUUUCGUUGCUGCUGUGAUCUGAGUGCUUAGUAGACGCGACUGUGGACAUCUCUGGAGCAGCGGAAACAGUCUCGGUGGUGCACGCAACGGCAGGCCGCCCGCAACACCCCCGCCUUGACCUCGACCAGGUCCGCGGCCGACACUCCAGCUAGCCGGUCGGCUCGUGGGCCUGCGACCCUCUCCAGGCCCCAGAUCGCUACAGGCCCGGAGUAGCAUGUCGAUAUAUGCGAACGCCUUCGAGACAGAGCGCCUGGCUGGCAUUGACGAUGGGCUCUACAGCUUGUCACCCGUGGCCUUGGGCCGGGACAAGGAGCGCCGGCGGCAAUGGUUCGGCAUCGCCGCCGCAUCCGGCGCCGCGUUGGUCGCGCUGAUUAUUGGGAUAGCUGCCCUGGGGAUAGCUGCAAGUGCCGACAAGGUCGCGACGUCAGCCUCGUCGGCAUCUAGCAAGCAGCCCCAAUUCGUGCCCAUGCGGCGGAUUGCGUUCGGGUCGUGUACGGCAUACGACAUGCGGCCACAGACCGUGUGGGCCGAGGGCGUCAUUCCGUCGCAGCCGGAUGCGUGGAUCUGGCUGGGCGACAUGGCCUACCUCGACACGUCCCCCGUGUCCUGCACCUCGGCCGCCACUGCGGGCCUGUCGUACUGCAACUGCAGCAACGCCGGCUGGUACGCGUACCGCGGGCAAUGCAUGGCGGGCAACGUGGACGCGGCGCGGGCGCGCUGGGAGCACGCGGUACACAACGCCGAGUACCGCGCCUUCCUGGACUUCAUGUGUCCACCGGGCGGCAGUAGUGGCGGCGGCAGCGGCAGCGGUGGAGGCAGCAGCUCGGGUCACACGGGUUACGGCGCCGAGCCAGGCCGCUUCCCGCCCGCCGGCACCGACCCCGCCGUGUGCCCCCGCCCCAUCUUCGGCGUCUACGACGACCAUGACUGGGGCUGGAACAACGGCAACCGGCGGCUGCCUGGCAAGGCAACCUACAAACGCAUGUUCCUUGACGCAGUGGGGGAGGCGCAGGCCAGCAGCCGGAGAGGAGACGACUCAGGGAUACAGGGCGCCUACACGCUCAACGGCGGCGGCCCGGGUCGCGACAUUGACCUGGUCCUACUGGAUGAGCGCUGGUACCGAGACCCCCUGCCCUGCAGCGUGCGCCGGGCCUGGUGCGAGGGCGUGCUGGCCCAGCCCGACCACAACGCGCUGGGCUGGUGCCGCGACUUCCUGCUGGACGACGGCGCCACGGGCCGCGGCUCCUGCUGCACCAAGGACGACGACCUGGCGGCCUGGUGCGGACUGCCCUCCUCCCGCUCCAGCCCUCUGUGGGCCGCCGCCUGCGACCCCACCUCAUCCGCCUGGGCCUCGGAGCCGCUGGUGCUGGGGCCCGACAACGCCACACUGCUGGCGGUGGACCCCGGACUGUACGACAGCGCACUGAGGGAGCUGUGGCCGCGACUGCUGCAGGCGGAGACGUCGCCGGUGUGCGAGAUGCUGGGCUCCGCGCAGCGGCAGUGGCUGUCUCGGCGGCUGGCCGCCAGCACCGCCGCCCUGACGCUGGUGGCCAGCGGCAGUGUGAUGCUGGGCAGUGUGGGAUACAACGACCCAGUGCUGGGCUACUGCUCCGGAGACGACUGGAACUGCUACCAGCCCGCGCAGCUCAACCUGCUGCACACGCUGGCCAACACCUCCCGCGGCUGUGUGGUGGUGCUCACAGGCGACUUCCAUUACGGAGACAUCAAGGUGGUGGCGCCGGGGCAAGGCACAGGGUACGCUGACAGGCUGCAGACCGGGAAGAUUAAGAAGCACAUAUAUCAGCUCAUGAGUAGCGGCAUGAGCAGCAGCACGGCGGUGCACGACGGCGCGCCCUGCACGGGGUCCUACCGCGAGGACACGGUGGGGCUGCGGCCGCUGGGCAAGUGCUCCUACAUGCAGCAGCCCAACUUCGGCAUGGUCGAGGUGGACUGGGACAAACAGGUGGUGCACCUCACGGUGCGGGCCGCGAGCGGCGGCGGCAUCGCCACCGGCUCAGACGGCAAGCCGCAGCACCUGGCGUUCUCGUUGCAGACCUGCGCCCCACUGCCGGCGUGAUGGGGGCCAGGGCCGGGCGUGGCCUAGGGGCAAGCGUUUCGGUUUGGCGCUGCGAGUUUUGGAAAUGGGAGGGGCAUGGUGUUGCGUGUGGAAAGAGGAGUGGGAAACACCGUGAGAGGCGUGUGGAGUGGUGUGACGUUCUCAUGUCGGGGCUCUGUUAAUCUCAUCCGGCCGGCCGGCGGGAGAUGAGGGGCUCAUUCAGACAAAGGCUUUAGACUUCAGGCGCGUGCGGGGACCAACAUGGGAGUGGGUAGCGUGAUUUCGUUGCGUCGCUGACUUCAAGAUCGCCAUCCUCGUCAUCUUAUACCUCCCCUGCUGAAUACCGUACUGUCUGACUCGAGGGCUGCACAACCUCAGGCUGUCAUGCAUUCAGAGGCGUCAGGCU